AACUGAUAAGUACUAUGGCCCACGACCCUGAAUUAAAUUCCAUAUCAGUUAGGCCAUCAGACACACUUCAUUUCUGUGUUUUCUUCCUUCAUCUGCAUUUCAUUGUCAAAAACAUAAUGCUGUCUUGCCUUCUUUUUUCUUUACCUUAUUUCUCUCUCUCUCUCUCUCUUUUCUUAAUUAACUACAAAUCUGUGGCUGCCAUGUAAAGAAAAUUAGACUCAGUUGUAAUAAACGAUGGUGGCAACCUUCGAAAAUUUCCACUACUUCAAAACUUUUCUUCUGCUGCUCAUCCUCUGUAUCCUUCCAAUAAACAUAGCUCAACCACUUUCCUUCACCAUAACUAACUUUAACGACACUGAAAGUGCAAGCAUCGUUGGAUACGCAGGCGCAGCCAUGAUAGAGAACGGAGCUGCAGUGCUCAACCCACUCAUCAACAAUGGAGUUGGAAGAGCCGUCUAUGGCCAACCUCUACGCCUCAAAAACUCUUCCAACGGACAUGUCACUGACUUUUCAACUCGUUUUUCUUUCACAAUCGACGUACCUUUAGGAACCAAAUACGGUGAUGGCUUUGCCUUCUACUUGGCACCCCUUGCAUACCAGAUUCCGACCGCCACCUCUGAUGGCUCCCUUCUCGGUCUAUACGAUGACACCCAAAAUAACAUCGUUGCUGUCGAAUUCGACACUUACAUAAACGAGUUAGACCCACCAAUGCAACACGUAGGGAUCAACAAUAACUCUGUGGCAUCCCUCAAUUAUACCAAGUUUGAUAUUGAGAGCAACACAGGGAAGAUGGGGCAUGCCUUGAUAACUUAUAAUGCUUCUGCCAAACUCCUGGCUGUUUCGUGGUCCUUUGAUGGAACUGGUUCUUCUUCUACUCCUACCGCUUAUCUCUCGUACAAGAUUGACCUGUGGGCUAUUUUACCGGAGUGGGUCAAUGUUGGGUUUUCGGGUUCAACUGGAUCGUCCACUGAGAAAAAUGUGAUCCAUUCCUGGGAGUUCAGUUCAAGCCUGGAUAUUAAUUCUAUGCAUGGACAGGGGAAAAAAGAAAAUGGCAUCGCAACCAAAUGCAAGGUUCAGGUCAAAACAGUAGUUGUUACAGUGAUUUGUUCGGUUGUUUUUCUGCUCGUGGUUAUUAGUAUUUCUUGGAUGACCAUGAAAAAGGGAAGAACAGAUGAUGGUUUUGGUUUCGAUAGAGAAGCUAUGCCUAGAAGGUUUGGUUAUGAGGAAAUAGUUGCAGCUACCAACGGGUUUGCGGAUGAUAGAAGGCUGGGAGAAGGAGGCUCUGGACAAGUUUACAAAGGGUUUCUGAGUGAUUUAGGGCGCGUGGUUGCUGUGAAGAGGAUAUUUUCUGAUAUUGAAGAUUGUGAGAGAAUAUUUAUAAACGAGGUGAAGAUUAUAAGCCGUCUUAUACAUAGAAACCUUGUGCAAUUCAUGGGGUGGUGCCACGAGAAAGAGGAGUUGUUACUGGUUUUUGAGUACAUGAGUAAUGGAAGCCUUGACAAUCAUCUGUUUGGCAAGAGAAGAAGUUUGACAUGGGAUGUGAGGUACAAGAUAGCGUUAGGUGUGGCAAGAGCACUUCGUUAUCUUCAUGAAGACGCGGAGCAGAGUGUUGUUCAUAGGGACAUAAAGUCAGCUAAUGUUUUGUUGGACACAGAUUUCAACACAAAGAUUAGUGACUUUGGGAUAGCAAGGUUGGUGGAUCCGAGACUGAGGACUCAGAGGACAAAGGUGGUGGGGACAUAUGGGUACCUAGCUCCAGAAUAUAUAAAGGAAGGGAGGGUUAGCAAAGAAUCCGACAUGUACAGUUUUGGAGUUUUGGCUUUGGAGAUAGCAUGUGGAAGGAGGACUUACCAGGACGGUGAAGAUAAUCACGUGCCUUUGAGAAAAUGGGUAUGGAAACAUUAUGUGGAUGGGAAUAUAUUAAAUGCUGCUGAUAAGGAAUUGAAGAGUGAUUUUGACGUAAAUGAGAUGAAAUGCUUGGUGAGUGUAGGAAUAUGGUGUACCCUCGAAGAUCACAAGGAAAGGCCAACCUCAGAACAGGUUAUAAAUGUUCUUAAACAACAACUCCCAUUGCCACUGUUUUCUUCUAAACCCUCUCAUAAUGCGAAACUUGAUUCCUUUGAAUCGUCUUCCAGAAAAGCAUAAUUCCGUCCUUUUCAAAUCUUUAGUUAUUUCACGAAUCGCUCCUCGUAAAGAGGAUGUCACCGAAAAGAAAGAUAUGUAAGUGCCAAAUAACAUUAAACUACAAACAACAGAAAGAUAUUUUUCUGUUUCA